AAACAUCAGCGUCGCGUCUGUUGCUAGGAAACCGCUCCGCUUCCUGCUUCCUGCUGCGCGGUAGUGUUUCCGGUGCGUGGUGCACACGUGGGUUUGUUGUAGUGAUGUCGGAUGAGGAGAGCAGCGUUCUGAGCAGCCUGCGGCUCGCGUCGCACGCCCCGCUGGAUGCCGCGCAACGCGCCGGCCGGAUGAAGUGCUCGCGCUGCGGCGCGUCGCGCAUGUUCUACUGCUACAGCUGCUGCGCGCUGGUCGGGCUCGCGCCGCGGGACGUUCCGAGCGUCGAGCUGCCGGUGAAGAUCGACAUCAUCAAACACCCCAACGAAACGGACGGAAAGAGCACAGCGAUGCAGGCCAAACUGCUGGCGCCGCGGGACGUCAACAUCUACACCUACCCCUGCAUCCCUGAGCUGGACCAGAGCAAAGAAAACAUCGUGCUGGUGUUUCCCGGUCCUGACGCCAUGACGGUGGAGGAACUGUGGGAGCAUUUCUCCGCCGAUGGGAAGCCGAGAGUGAAGAGGUUAAAGGUGACCGACGCAGAUCCUGAGACGCACAGCUGCCCGAUCCAGAGAGUGGUGUUCAUCGACAGCACCUGGAACCAGACGACCAGAAUCAUCACAGACGAACGUCUUCAAGCUUUACCAAACGUGGAGCUGAAGAGCAGAAGAACCUGUUUUUGGCGGCAUCAGAAAGGGUGUCCAGACACGUACCUGGCCACAGUAGAGGCUGUUUACUACUUCUUAAAGGACCUGCACAGCCACUAUUUCUCUGAGUACACGGGAGAAUACGAUAACCUGCUGUUCUUCUUCUCAUUCCUGCAUAAACUGAUCAACAAAGCCAAACAGGCUGCUGGGAAAGUGUGACC